GGGGGGGGCGUUCAAAUAAAAUAUUUGUAGAGAGUAAAAAACCCUUCAGAAACAGGGUUAGAGAAUCAAAAUUAUUUUGUCCUACAAGAGCCAUAAAAAUAAAUAGUAAAAUUUCCAAAGUCUGUAGUCUCUCCCAUUUUCAAGAGAAAGUGAAUGAAAAACUAGAAUUAAAGAAUCUCUGGGUAGAUAACAAGGCCAGGUGUAGUUCUGGAAAGCAGCCAUGUUCCCAUGGCAACUUUGAAUCGCCAUUUUGUGUUUCCACUGCCUCCCGCCCUUGCGUCACUUCCGGUGUUACCUGCGUUUUUACCGGGAGCGGUAAACAAGGUGUGCACGCAUCUGGAGAGCUGUCGGGAUGCAGCACAGUGGAGCAGCGGGAGCCCGUAGCUACACUCUGUUUUCACUGCUGGGCGUCCUGUUUCAGGGUGUCCACAUUGUCCUUUCUUUGGAGAUUAAAGUAGAUGCCCAUGUUCGGGGUUAUGUUGGAGAACAGGUCAAGUUGAAAUGCAUUUUCAAGUCGACUUCAUCUGUCACAGACAAACUCACCAUAGACUGGACAUACCGACCUCCCAGCAGCAGUCGCACAGAAUCAAUUUUUCAUUAUCAGUCCUUCCAGUAUCCAACCACAGCAGGCACAUUUCGAGAUCGAAUUUCCUGGGUUGGAGAUGUAUACAAAGGGGAUGCAUCCAUAAGCAUAAGCAACCCUACCAUAAAGGACAAUGGGACAUUCAGCUGUGCUGUGAAGAAUCCCCCAGAUGUGCACCAUAAUAUUCCCAUGACAGAGCUAAUAGUCACAGAAAGGGGUUUUGGCACCAUGCUCUCAUCUGUGGCCCUUCUUUCCAUUCUUGUCUUUAUUCCCUCAACUGUGGUGGUGGUUUUAUUGCUGGUGAGAAUGGUGAGGAAGUCUGUGGGGCUGAAGAAGAGGAGCAAGUCCGGCUAUAAGAAGUCGUCUAUUGAGGUUUCAGAUGACACUGACCAAGAGGAGGAGGAUAAUUGCAUGGCGAGACUUUGUGUCCGUUGUGCGGAGUGCUUGGAUUCAGACUAUGAAGAGACAUAUUGAUGAAAGUCUGCAUGAUAUAAGAAGAAUGACCUAAUAACAGAAAAUAUCCCAUUCCACUGGCAGCUAAAGCCUCUCGGAGAAGUAGAGCUGGCCUGAAGAGUAAUGAUGGAGGUUUCCGGAAGUCAUCAGUAAAGACUUUAGGACCCAUUUAUUUAUUGAAGAAAUGUUCUUUUUGUAUUUAUAAGCUGUUCAAAAACUUUUAGAAGAGACUCAUAACCACCCUUUUUAAUAACUUAUACUGUUAGUUGAAUGAAGAAAGAUACUUUUUAUUUCAUCUUUGCUCUUGAAUGUAAUACAUGUUAUAUUCCAAUUGUAUGAUGGAGAAUCCUAAAUGUUGGCCACACUGCUGAUGCGUAUAUAUACAUAUAAGUAUACAUAUAUAUAUUUUAAAUGAAGUGGAGCUUGUAGCUUUCCUGAUGUGCUACCAGACAAAAUGUUUGUUUGGGAUAAGUAUUGUUUUUUGCUCCAUGAACAUUUUUAGCUGUGAGUUAACACACAGUAUAUACUCAUUGGUUUAAUUAUCUCAUUGUCAAUUACGUUGGGUGAUUUGGAGUAUAGAACACUAAUUUCCUUCGAGUUGGUAGGAUCAGGAUUCUACUUGGAUUGGGUUUUAAAAAUAUUAAAGUGUCAUCAAUUUACAAUUAAGGAAAGGAAUGGUGAGGUAGGGGAGUCCUUUCUUUUGUCAGGUGCAAUUUGUUACUUUACUUUCUUUCAGCUGACUGAUUUGUGGUUUCCUUCUUGACUUUUCAGAUCAGAGGCAAGAAAAACUCUUCAAAAGGUUUUGUGGGGAUGUAUAGAAUAUUUAACCAGUUAUUUGCAAUGAAAUGCUCUUUUAACCUGUAUUAUUCUUCAAAACUGUUUUUUAUUUCUAAAAUGCACCAAAUAUGAAUGAACUGAGGUAAUUGCAAACUGUUUUUGUAUAAUACUUAAGAUAAGGAAGUGAUGUUGUACAUAACCUAUACUUCUCCCUUCUGGUCAUUCAGUACCUUGUAUCGGCUUCCUCCAUUUUCCUGUAGCAACCUAUUUCAAAUUUUAAUUUAUGUGAGAAUUUCUGUUAGCCAUUCAGAAAUAUGUAUGACAUGUCAGGAAAGAUUGACAGUGCAGUCCUCUGUAGCAGAGUGAUAGAGUUCACUUCUUAGUUGUGAGAAACAAAAAUUAUCCCCUCCAUCUAUCUUUGUUUUUUCAACAGGAUGGUCCCUUUCCAUGGUUCUUCACUAGGUAGCUUAGCGGGUAUCUGUAUUAUAGCAUUAUACACUGUAUGUGUUAUUAAAAAAUCACUUUUACA